AUGCCUCUACCAUCAGAUCCAAGGUAUGAUUUUAUUCCAACAGCAUCGAUUAUUGCAUUUGUUUUUGUUGGCGUAUUCAUGGUUAUUAGUCUAAUUGGACGAUGUCUUGCUUUAAAUCAAUCAACAAUACAUAGUGGACAAAAUUUAGAUUUAGUCAUUUUUAGAGCACCACCAAAAGCAAAUCCUCCACAACAAAGAGCACGUCCAUUAGCAGAUAUGCAAUAUGGAGCUAAUAAUAAUCGAGAACAGCGAACAACACUUGAUGCUCCGAUGACACCGGUUACAGUUCAACGAGGACCGAAGAAUCUUUAA